UUUAAGAAAAUAACUGCACGCGCAUGGCAAUUUCAGCACGGUCUCAGUGAACAGCGAACGUGCAGUUGCUUCCGGCAAAUUAAGUUACAUUGGACCGUUAAAAUAAACAGGGACAGGAGCUUGCCUUGCAGAAUCAAAGAAGUUUGACAUUUUUAUCCAGAACGGACUGAAGUACAGAGGUGUUGAAUCAUUUGUUCAAUUGAUGAUGGAAUAAUAGUGAUUUCACUUUGAUUUCACUGUAGGAUUAUAUCAAUGGACUCACAGCAAUAGGACAUAGCAAUGGACGUGAGUAAAAUGAUGCAUGCAUUGGAUGCGCUGAUCGAUUUCAUUCAACAGAAGACUUGCACGAUCGGCAGGCAUUUCACGGGCGGCUUAAUUAACUGAGGCACCUGAGUUAUUUUUUUUUUUUACAGCACUUGUCUUGAAUAAUGUUGGGGAGGUUUGUAAAUGGUGGUCAACGGUGUCCUUGGUAUGUAGACCUAAUCAGCACACAGAAGACAUGCUAUUCCAUCCCAUAUAGAUUGAAAACUUUUUCGGAAACAUCUGCGCGCCUAACGGUGACCGGGAUUUGGUUUUGUGCAUGAAUAAAAAAAAAUGGCACUGAUUGAGAAUUGUAAAACCCAGCAGGCAAAAGAAACAGGUUCGGUGCAAAACCCGCCGUCUGAUGUUAUUGAACUAAACGUAGGAGGUCAGGUAUACUAUACUCGUCUCCAUACUUUAACAAGCAUCCCCAAUUCCUUACUGGGACGGUUAUUCUCCACCAAGAAGGGGUCCUCGAAUGAUUUGGCACGGGACCUCCGGGGACGUUAUUUUAUCGACAGAGAUGGUUUUCUGUUCCGAUAUGUAUUGGAUUAUCUGAGAGAUAAGCAGGUCGUUCUACCGGACCACUUCCCAGAGAAAGGGAGGUUAAAACGGGAAGCGGAAUACUUUGAACUCCCCAAACUGGUCAAACUGUUGGCGUCCGAGGAAUCUAAACAGUUUGAAGACGACCCUUUUCACAGUGAUUUCGACGACGCGUCGCUAGGCAGCGACCAGAGGAUAUAUUCCUCGUACUCUCUGGACCGGAGGUAUGGAUACAUAACCGUCGGUUUCAAAGGCACGUGUGCGGCACCGGGAGGCAAGGACAGCCAGAUUGACCCCAAAUCCCCAAAAGCUGUACCCAGAAUCUUCAUCAGCGGAAGGAUCGGCCUCGCCAAAGAGGUGUUUGGAAACACCCUGAAUGAGAGCCGAGACGCGGACAGGCCUGCGGACAGGUACACCUCCCGGUUCUUCCUCCGGUUCCGUCACUUGGAGCGGGCCUUUGACAUGCUGUCGGAGAGCGGAUUCCACAUCGUUGCCUGUAACUCGUCGAUCACCGCUUCUUCCAUCAGCCAUUACGCACCCGAGAAAGUCUGGUCCAACUUCACGCAGUACGUCUUCUACCGUAAGUGA